AAUUCCUUGCUUGCUUCGUAGUUGAAGCAUUCGGAACAACACAGCUCCUGAAUCCCUAAAGCAAAACUCUCUCUCUCCCUCUCUUCGUCGAGUACUCAUUUGAUCAGAGCUAUGAGUAUCCCAAUGGAGCUGAUGUCAAUCAGAAACCCUAAUUCGAGCUUGCUCCACCGAGCUCAUUCUCGUCCACCGGUCACGCUCUCUGCUCCACGCUCUCUCCGUUUCCAUGCCCUUCCUAGCCGUCGCCAUUUCAGUGGUCCUACGUUUUCUCCAGCUGCCGUUUCUUGUACAGGGCUACGUUUCGGCUUUAGCUCAGAGGUCAUGCUUGAUCGUUCCGUUGUUGCUUUCGCUGCAUCCCACGAGGAAUCGGAGCAAUCAGAUGUUGAGGUGGGGAAGGAGAAGAGUGAUAUAGAUUCUGAAGAUGAUACAUCUCAGGAAGCAUGGAAACAAACUCUUGCGUCUUUCAAAGAGCAGGUUUCAAAGAUGCAGAGCGUGUCAUCGGAGGCAUACACCGUAAACUCCCAAAAAGCAAUGACAAUCUUGAAAGAUACUUCUGAACAACUUAGGAUUCAAGCGGAGAAGGCGAAAGAAGAGUUGGGUACAAAAGCAAAAGAGGUUGGCGAGGAGAGUAGAGAAUAUAUUUUGAAAGCAGCAGAAGAAUCACCUUCAGAUGUGAAAGAGAUCGUCGAAGCAUUCGCCUCCACCGAGGAUCUGAAAGACGUUUCACGAACGCAAGAUUUUCAUGUUGGAAUACCCUAUGGUCUACUCCUGCUUGUGGGUGGUUUCAUUUCCUUUAUGGUAUCGGGAAGCAUUCCAGCCAUUAGGUUUGGGGUCAUUCUUGGUGGAGCUCUUUUUGCACUGAGCCUGGCAAGUCUAAAGUCUCAGAGGAAAGGAGAAUCAUCUACUAAGUUCUUCAAAGGACAGAUGGCUAUAGUGGCAAUCAUAUUUUUGAGAGAGUUGAAGCUGCUACUAUCUCAGAGAUCUACGUUCCUGGGUUUUUUGACCACCCUUACGAGUGGUGGUGUGUUGGCAUUUUACGUGUACAAGAUGGUAGGCAAGAGAGAAAAGGGACCAAAGAUAGAAGAAGAUGGAGGAGAAGAUGAAUCAAGCGAUGGAUUUGUAAGAAGAGAAGGAUAGAAAAAUCAUGGAGGGUAACAUGAGCAUCAUAUUCUAUGUUAUUUUGAUGUCCAAACACAGGCCGUGUCUAUGUUAUGGAUUGGGAAACAUGACCAAGGACUUAAUUUUAAUAAAAUAUGUUUAAAAGCUUGUUUUUUUUCACAAAA